UAGGGCCGGAGAUGAGCUGGAGACCCGCCACCGCCGCCUCUGCAGCUGCUGCUCUCCAGGCGCAGCCUCAGCGCCCACCAGUGCGCAUCGCUCCCGCUGCGGGGCUGCGGGGAUCGGGGUUGGGGUGCAGCAAGGCUCCUCCGCCUUGCGUCUGGAUCGCCUGCGGCCCGCGUCCUCCGCCCCCUCCAAGAGCUGCACCCCUCCCUCCUCCUCCCUUUUUACCCCUCCCUCCAGCGCUGCCUCCGCGAGCAUCACGUGUCCCCAGCAUACUCAUUGGAAGUCUUUUCCUCUUCUGUCGCUGCGUUUCAGGAGCAACUAGGACACUUUGCUGCUGUUCUUUCUGUUCCUUGUCAUCUUGCCCUGAUCCCAGGAGACUCCUCUCUUAGACCUGACCUUAAGGAGCCUGCGGGAGGUUCCUACGUCCCUCAGCCACUGGGCUCCUUGCUCCAGAUAUGCAUUUCUGAAAACCAAGGGCAGUGUGAAGAAAGGAGUUCAUACUUCAUACACCCAGAACAGAUUUGCCACAAUGUGAACAAGUCUCUGACUGCAAGUUUCAGCAAAGCAGCUUCAUUUUACAGCUUGCCCCAUGGCCACCAUUCGCAGUGGUGGCCCCCGGGCCUUUGAGUAGCUCCAUCAUUCUUAGCUUUGCACACCCUUUACUUUAGCUCAUGUCUUUUGGCUCAUGCAGUCCAAGUGUAGACUGCACUGAUACAAUAUUGUGCCUGAUCUUGUGGUCUAACCUAUUAAUCUUACAUGUCUAAUAACCAUAAUAUUUUAUAAAUUGUUAUAUGUUAAAUAAAAGUAGUCAUAAUUAUAUUAUA